CAAAAUGGAUCUUCACUUCAGCAAGACACUAGACGAAGUAAAACUUAAAGAUGAUGGCCUAAGAACCGUCACAUCCGAAGAACAACAGCGUGUCGAAGAAGUAGUAUCCAAGAAUUAUGCUUCGUACCUCAGAGUUGCGGAUUUGAACCCAGAUUUCCCUCUGUACCGUCAAAAACAUUUGCAUUACUUACGUCGUGGUCUGCGACAUCUGUCGGAUUCGUAUGAAUGCCUGGAUGCCAGUCGACCAUGGCUAUGUUACUGGAUAUUACAUUCACUAGAGCUGCUUGAUGAACACGUGCCUCCUCAAGUGACUUCAAAUAUCGUGGAUUUUCUUCGCCGGUGUCAAGAUCCCGAGGGUGGAUUCGGUGGGGGUCCAGGCCAGGUACCCCAUUUGGCCCCCACUUAUGCAGCAGUGUGUGCCUUAAGCAUCCUGGGAAGUAAAGAGGCUCUGGAUAUUCUAGACCGUAAAGGGUUACAAAAUUUCUUGUCUCAAUGUAAAAGCAUCGAUGGGUCAUUUCGUAUGCAUGUUGAUGGAGAAGUCGAUAUAAGAGGUGUGUACUGUGCUGUUGUGGUUGCUAGUAUUACCAACAUCAUGACCCCGUCAUUAUUUGAGGGUACAGAUGAAUGGCUUACUAAGUGUCAGACUUAUGAAGGAGGGUUUUGUGGUGAACCUGGUCUAGAAGCACAUGGUGGAUAUACAUUCUGUGGCUAUGCAGCUUUGAUUUUAUUAGGCAAAGAACACUUGAUUGAUACCAAAGGCCUACUACGUUGGGCUGCCAGUCGUCAAAUGAAACUGGAAGGAGGAUUUCAAGGCAGAACAAACAAGCUAGUUGACGGCUGCUACUCUUUUUGGCAAGGUGGGAUAUUCCCCUUGAUACACAAUGUGCUUGAAGCACAAAGUGACACUGCCAUCAGUCAAGACAAGUGGAUGUUUGAUCAGACUGCCCUUCAACACUACGUUCUCAUAAACUGUCAAUACCAUGCCGGAGGACUGAUUGACAAGCCAGGAAAGUCACGAGACUUUUACCACACUUGUUAUUGCCUCAGUGGUUUAUCUGUUGCUCAGCACUUCAUUUUGAAACACCAAAUGAAAACUGAUGCUGUUGGUGGUGAUGAAAAUUUAUUAAAGCCAAUCCACCCUUUAUAUAAUAUUUGCAUUGACAGUGCUUUAAGUACACUGAAGUAUUUUAAAAAGUUUGAUAUCCCUUAAGAUUUUGACAUAAGUACAGGGCUCAUCCAAAAGGAAAAGAAUUACAUUUAAAAAUAGUUUUUCAAUUUGGUCAAAUUAGACACAUAAUUAACUUAGAUAAUGAAAAUAUAUCAAUGACAAGUUUUGAAAAAAUUCUUGGACUUGUUAAUUCCAGAAAAGGGAGGAUUUCAUUGUCAUUUAAAAAUGUUAACUUUGGUAUACAUUUUCCAUUGAAGUGCAAGUGAUGAGGAUAGAACACGAAAUAUAAAAAAAAGUUGAUACUGAAAAAUAGGAGCUACAUGUAUUUAAUGACUAAUAGUUACCAUCACUGUACAAGAACAUGUAUUACACAAAGACGCAAAUGGUCUUACUGCAUGUGUUCUAAUAAAAAGUGAUAAUAAAUAA